AUGGAGGUCUAUCCGAGCGACUUUCUCAGUCAUCUCACACCGUUAUUAGUAGUAUCUGGACUAGAAACUGGGAAUUCAGAGGUAGAUAUUGCAAACAAUGAAGCAUACAAGCGAGUGGUCGAAUCACACCCAUUAACUGCUCAUGGCGAGCAGCUGGCAUCUCGUCAAGUUCCAGUCGUUGUGACACCUUUGGCAGCAGAUUUCAAGUCUCGAUUGGCUGCGAAAUCUCGGGUUGUAACCCAUUGGGAGCCUGAAUCUUUCAGGGUAAACCGUCGAGAGAUCAAUUAUCUCCUACAUAUCGAAUUCAUUGAUAGGAAAACAUUUAAACUGCUACCCACGAAAAAAGUGGUUUAUGGAUCUGACACAGAACUACCAGCAGGACAGGCUCCAAAGCAGGAGUUUGUCAAGAAAUACAAUAAUGGCGACUUGCACUCAGCAAUUAGUCCACAUAAUCCCAAUUCACAAUUGUUUCCAGAUGGAGUGUUAAGUGUAGAUUGGAUUCAGAAGUAUUUGUAUUUGGUUCCAGCAACACUUGUCAGUGUUCAUGAACUGGGCAAGAGCAUAGCCGUGGAUGAAGAUUUGGUCAGAGUUUUGAACGAGCUUAAGAUCCAAGCUCAGGAGCGUGGAAUCAAGCUACUUGUGGUUUUGUUAGUUGAAGGAGAAGUCACUGAUGCCAUUAAUGAUCGUAUUUAUAAUAUUAGAAGAAGCACAGGACUGGCAGCUAGAACAGGUUUGUUUGUAUUACCAGAAAAGAGUCAGGAGGUUGAACGGGAGACCCUGGCAGAAACAAUAUGUCAGCUGGCUUAUGCUCAGUCUCAGGAGUUUGCAACAACAAUAUCAAAAAUUCUACGAAGGAAGCGGGGUCAAAAUAACAUCCUGUCUACUAGUGAAGUAGGAAAGCUGACAAUUCCCCCGCUGCCAAAUGUUGGCUGGGAGCUAAGAUAUAAUUUCAAGCUUGCUGCUAUGGCCGAGUACAGACAAGAACUGGAAGUAGCUCUAACGUUAUAUGAAACAGCAUACGACUCGACUUUAGAAUUAUUCGAAACAUUGAGUUUAACCGGCCAGAGCUCACAGCCAGAGCUCACAGUACAAGAAAGAGAAGAUGAAGGCACUGAUAAACCGGCAGCAGAUAGAGAUACGACUCCUGAUAACGGGACGAAAACAGGUAUAUCAGCGCACAGUAGCGAGAGAUGGUGUCAGGGCAGAAUGCUAUUAGAUAUAAUCGCAUUUAAAAUCGUCAACCUCUGCUUAUUGACGGAGCAGCCAAACGUUGCAUACAAAAAGUUUUGUAUUCACUUGGAAAGUGUUGCAACCUUAAUCGAGAAACGAGGACUAUCGACAGAACGAUUUUCAUACAUAAACUGGCGAGCGCAUCAGUUUGAGCGACUGGCAGAAAUGGUCUCAUGGACCGGCAACUCUGCUAUCCCUAAAGACCAAUCAAUGGCUAAAUUAUCAACCCACAAUGAAGACUUGGGUGGUUCAGUCCUGCGAUUGCCGAGAAGCGGGUAUCUAUUUCUUCAGGCAUACGACCUCAUUAAGCAAUUGAAUGAAGGCGAACUAGCUAGAGAUGAAGAUCCUUAUUUUAGUGGCGAUUUUGACUACAAUCAAUCAUGUUUAGAACUCCUGAAACAGGCUCUAGCAGACUUAGAGGACACUACUGGCACCCGAUCGACUGGAUUGGUUUAUUCGCGACUGGCAGACCUGUACGCUAAAGCCAAGGAUUAUAAGACAGGACUUGGCUAUUACAAAAAGGCAGUGGCAAUAUACCGCAAAGAUCAAUGGCCACAGCUUUUGAUUCCUUUAUUAGAAGGAAUUGUGCUUUGUGCUGAAGAGGUUAAUAGUGUUGAUGGAGUAGCAGCAAGACUGGAGCUCAUGGCUUUAACUGAUUCUAGUACUGAUACUACUAACGAGAAAACUGUUGAUAUCUUUGGAGAAAAUACCGACCCACAACCAGUGUUCCAAUUGGGAAGAAGACAAGAAAUACGAAUGUUUGAUGCCGGAUUCGUAUUUGAGUCUUCGUCUUGUUACACGGGUAUUGGUGUCAACGCUCAAAUUACAAUAUCUCCGCUGUUCAAAUCGCCUGAUUCGGUAACAGUAAGUAGGCUUCAAGUGUUCGUGACAGGAGGAGGGUUCGAUAAUAAUCCAAUUACUCUUAUUCAUGAUGAAACAUUACCCAACUCUCAAUUGUUCAUGUUACAAAGUGACAAGAAUAGCGGUGAAACAACUAAACUCAAAGCAAACCUGUCUUUUACUAAAGAUGUGGCACGAGUUUUCCAGCUUCAUCUCGUUCCAAAACAGCUUGGAGACGUUGAAUAUGCGAGAGUCCUUGUUGAUAUCAAAUAUCCUCUUUUCGAGGUUCAACAAGAGAUUAAGCAAGGAACUGAAGAUGCCCUUAUUCCAGUUAUUCAAUGGGCUGUUGAGAAUGAGCCAAACAAAAUCGCUUAUAGACAUAUUCGUACAUCCCCUAACUCGCCUCCUCAUGGUAUGCAAGUUCAUCCUCGACCAUCGCAAGUUGUCACUACAAGUGACGCUCCAAGUUUAGCAUCCACGGGUGAGACACUGACGGUCAGAGUGUUUGUGGAAAACCAGGAAGAUGAACCUAUAUUACUUCAGGUCGAUGGAACUGCAUCCACUGAUGGAGGCAAGGCAAUCUCCCUCAAUUGGAUAAGCAGAAACAGCAGCCAGUCUGAGCCAGUCAAUAAUACAGAGAAAUCUGAAGAGGAAACUAGCGGCGAGUUCCACGAGUUAGCAGCAGCAUCAAAAUCAAGUCAAUCUUUGACGUUGCAAGUGCCCAACUCGGCUGUCAACAAUAUAUCCCUAGAAUUGUCGGUGAAAUAUUAUCUCAAAUCCGAUACCGACAAGACUACACUUAUCAAAGAUGGUGCUCUAGUAUCAAUCCCCGUUACCAAACCGUUUCGAGUCAAUUUUGAUGUCGCUCCAAGACCACAUCCAGUUCCUUGGGACAAUGUAUUUGUACCUGUCCUGUGA